GUCAAUCCGACAUACAUUAACAAAAUGGCCGCCGUUUCGGAUUGUUUUUCAUUAGGAAGUACGGUUUGGUGUAAAACAUGUUACGACAAGGAAAUUGAGGGCGAAGUCCUCGCUUUUGACCCCAAUACGAAAGUUCUUAUAUUGAAAUGUCUUUCGAUUCACUCGCAAAGUCAACAUCCGUACGACGUGCACUUCGUUAAUUUGCAAUUGGUAAGCGAGCUACAAGUUAAAAGGGAAGUCACUUCGGUACCAGAAAUUCCUCAAAGCUUAAAUUUAAACAGGUUAAACACAAGAAUUAGAAAUCAAGUAGAUGAAAAAAAGAGGUUAUUACAGGCGAUGUCUGCAAAUGUAUCUCCUGAAGGUCAACGUUUGUUUAUAGCAAUUAGUAAAACUAUUUCCGAGGUACGAUGGAGUAAUUCGAAUAUCGUCGUUUGGGAAAACGAUGUAGUGAUUUGCCCCCCUUAUCAAGUGGAUGACAUAAAGGGGAAUUUGAAUAGUAAAGGAUAUGCGUAUAUACGAAAAGUGGUGGAGAAACACAUGAAAGAUACCGCAUUGAUGAAUAGUACGUCAACGCAAUAGACAGGCAGCAUUUAGUAUUUUUUUUCCGUUUUCACAAAAAAAAUUAAUUAAAAAAAAAUUAAUAAAAAUUGGUUUCAAAAAGAUAAAGGUUUUUAUUUCUUUUCUUAAUCUUUUCGGUAAGUUUAGUUGUAAAAUUCUUAUUACUUGUUACUUUCCGAUUUGUAUUUAUAUUUCUCAAAAAAAAAUUAAUAAUAAUAAAUUUAAUAUAUAUUAA